AUACAAUCCGGAGCGGACGCUUGGACGGUCGGUCGUAGAGAAAUAGCCUUCAAUUUAAAAAUAGUGCGAUGAUAACUAGACUGAUCCUACUUAGUAAUAGUUUGUAUAGUGUUGUUUGUCUGUCUAGCUGAUUACGAAGCUGUGUUGAUUUGUUUUGAUGUAAGUAUUACGUAUAGCUUCGGUAGGGUAGAUAGUGUCUGAUCGGUCUAAUAGAACGAGACAGUUUGUCCAUACUUGCAGUUAUUGACUGAUCGCCAACCGGUGAAAAUCUUGACGACGACGACCUGCUAUGGAAAAAAUUACGAUUUUAGACGGUGGCUUUGCCACACAGCUUUCCGUCCACGUUGGGAAACAUAUUGACGGGGAUCCGCUUUGGAGUGCCCGGUUCAACGCUACGGACCCAAAUGCGGUAUUCAAGACAUAUUUGGAUUUUUUGGAAGCUGGGGCCGAGUGUAUUAUGACUAACACCUACCAGGCCAGUAUCGAAGGCUACAUGGAAUACUUGGAUCUCAGUGAAGAAGGUAGCUUGCAGUUGAUAAAAUCUACCGUGAAACUAGCGCAGAUGGCCAGAACUAAGUAUCUGGCGGAAAGCGAUGUACGCCGUAUUCCUCUGGUGGUGGCUUCGAUUGGACCCUACGGAGCUCAUUUGCAUGACGGUUCCGAGUAUACUGGUGAGUAUGCCGACUACGUUUCAGUUGACACGCUGAAAAAGUGGCACCGAAAUCGAAUUGACGCAUGUUUGGAAGCAGGAGUUGAUGUUUUGGGAAUUGAGACGAUCCCUUGUAAAAUGGAAGCCGAAGCCAUGUUGGAUUUGAUGUGCGAAGAAUACCCGCACGUCAAGUUCUGGAUUUCUUUCCAGUGCAAAGAUAGCGUUCGUACAGCACACGGGGAAAGCUUUGCCGAGGCAGCUGCCCACAUCUGGAACAAAGCCAAAAUCCUUCAGAAUGACAACCUAGUAGCCGUGGGAGUGAACUGCGUUCAUCCGCAGUUUGUUACACCACUGUUCAAAUCGAUCAACGAAAAGCGACCCCUGAAGGAACGGAUUCCCUUAAUUGUGUAUCCCAAUUCUGGCGAAGUUUACAGCGUUGAAACCGGCUGGCAAGGAAAAGAGGACUGCGUUCCAUUGGAGCACUAUGUGCCCCAGUGGAUCGAGCUUGGAGCACGUUUUAUUGGCGGCUGUUGUCGAACUUACGCGCGAGAUAUCAAACGAAUAAAACAAGCUGUGAGCUCUCCGCAGACCGGAGCUAUUCUGAAGCAGUUGUGAUGUGUAUAUGUUCUGCGGGUCAAUAAUACUCGUCUGUGACAGUGUUAUACAUUUUUACUGUAAUUCAAAUAACAAGAGUAACACGCUUCGAGUGAAGAUUGCUACUGGUUGGAACCGUCGGGACAUUAAUCUUACCUUAGCCUUUCCAAAAUUACAAGUGGAUUUGUUUUGCUUCUGUAAACGGUUCUGAAGUGCUUUAAAGACGAAAAGUGGAAGUUUGUAAUCAAUUUGUUCAUUCUAUUGUUAUAAAUAUUUUCAGCUUGUAUUUUGUGAGAGACUACAUAAUUUCAUAAUUUUAUACAUUUGUUUAAUAAAAGAGAUUUUCGAACGAGGAUUUUUAAAAUCUA